AUGGAUGAACAAAUCGCAAGAAAUAUGCAAAUCACAUACCGAAAACGUAUAGGUUUGUCUAAAAUUAAAUUCAAACAAGGGCAGUUACUUUGCUUUCGUUGCCACGAGUAUAAAAGCAAAAUACUGAAAGAUAAAACAAUUGAUCACAAAGAUAAAUCAUCGUUCAAGCAAACGCCUGCAUUGUUCCCGAGGCUAUUACGCCGAGAGUUUACACCGCUACCCCGACCUGCUACGGUUGACAGUGAUGUGAGUUCCUCAUCGGAGAAACUGACUCCUUUAAAAGCUGUGAAAGAGAAUAGGCAUGUCCAACAAUCGGCAAAUCGUAAAUCGGCCAAAAAUAUCCCGAACGAAAUAUUUCAAGUUGUCGGAAUUCCACCAUUAGCUGAUAUUCAAGAUUGUGUUGAAUGUUCAUCAACCAAACCAUCAGAAAUAGUUUCAAAUUUUUUUGACGGUGAUGAGGACGAUCAAGCGACAUGGACAGUAUGGAAAAGAGUUGAUAAAAAGGUUGAUCUUCAACGUAUUACUGGCAAUAUCCAAUCUCUUUUUGAUGUAUUAGACAAUCAAUGA